CUUUUUCACUGCUACUGCCAGCAGCCACUAUAAUCACGAGAGAAAAGGUGCCUGAACAUUUCCUGAUUUUACGUACGCUUUUCCCUUUUGAUUGGUGCACGAUAAGCUUCCGCUCAAUGCUAAGUAUUUGCAGAAUUUUUUUUCGGGCAAACGUUUGAUUGGGUCCCUUCGUUGAAGCACUUGUUUUAUUACUGUAUCUGCUAUUGUAAUGAGUCGUCUAAUGCAGGCCACGCAACUCGUCUGGCACGAUCUGAAAGUAUCACCCAAAGAAUUACGACUCGAUACCCUACGUUGUGGACAAAGUUUUCGGUGGCGACGAAUCGAGGAUCAAUGGGCCUGCGUUCUCAAGGGUCGGUUAUACGUCCUAAAAGAAACUCCUUCUACGAUCCUGUACGGGACUGCAGACGCAGUCAACAAUGCCGAAAUAAAAGUCAUGAAGGAUACUUUGACUGAUUACUUUCAACUCAAUACGGUCUCUCUUCAAUCGUGCUACGAACGUUGGGCAAAGGUGGAUCCUCACUUUAAAGACAAAGCACACCGAGUUGAAGGCAUUCGCAUUUUACGACAAUGUCCUUGGGAGUGUCUCGUUGCUUUCAUCUGCUCGAGCAAUAAUAAUAUUGCUAGAAUCUCUCAAAUGGUCCAUAAAUUGUGUGUGCAUUACGGACCCAAAGUGGUGACUUUUGAAGGCAUCGAUUUCCACGACUUUCCAACCCCAGGUGCGCUGGCAACCGAGGAUGUGGAACGACGACUCCGAGAAUUAGGGUUUGGUUAUCGUGCGAAAUAUAUUGCACAGACGGCCCAAAAAUUGCGUAACGAACAUCCAGGGGAAGAAGAAGCCUGGCUGGCCAGUCUUCGUACUGUACCGUAUGACACCGCCAAACAAUCACUCAUCGCAAUGCCUGGCGUAGGCCCCAAGGUGGCCGAUUGUGUGUGUUUGAUGUCAAUGGAUCACGCCGAGGCGAUUCCUGUGGAUACCCAUGUAUGGCAAAUUGCAUCCAAGCACUAUGGUUUCAAUCGAAAAGGGAAAACCUUGACGACCAAAUUGUAUGAUGAAGUGGGCGACCAUUUUCGAUUACUUUUCGGGACUUACAGUGGGUGGGCUCAUUCGGUUCUUUUCACGGCUGACCUUAAAUCAUUUGAAGAUCGAUUCAUCCAAUCCAAGGUAGAAAUGAGCACGAAAAAGAUAACGACGAUAUCCACCAAUAACGGCAAGCGAACGAGCCAUGAAGAAGUGGUAACGAUUAAAAAAGAAGAACAGGUGGUCUCGGGAACGACAUUACGUCGUACAAAGCGCACUCGUCUCUCUGCAAGAUCGAACGCAUAACAACUCUAUUCACUUUCCGACAUUCCACAUCGACACCGCACCAUCCAUAAAAAGAAAAUUUGGAAGAACCGUCACACCCAUCAGGGCCACCUUCCGAAACUUCGAAAAAGGGUCAAUGCGAAACAUGGUGAAAAUCACGCAAUAGAAAAGAGCAU